GUUGCAAAAAACGGUUUAACUUCAAACUGUUAAAAUACAAGUCUUCUAUCCAUAAAAUUUCUCCUUUUAGUGAAAACGUUUUUUUUUUUUUCCUGAACCAAAAGAGAAAUUUGCACAAAUCAAGUUAAUGGUUUUUGAUGACAGAGAACAACAGUGGAUGGUCUUUUUCACUGGAGGAAACAUUAUUAUGGAUUAUGGACUGUUAUCUUGGCCAGAAGCAACAGUUUAAAGUUAAAAUGCUUUAAUGAUGAGUUUGUUUAUUACAAACAUGCAGCUUUUCACUUCAAAAUAGGUUCAUUUAUUGUCUGGAGACGUAUGGAUUACUUGUGGAUCAUUGUGAUGUUUUUAUUAGCUGUUUGAACUCUCAUUCUGACGGCACCCAUUCACUGCAGGGGCUGAGCAAGUAACGACUGGGGAGAAAGUAAUGUAAUGCUAAUUUUCUCCAAAUCUGUUGCGAUGAACAAACAGUCUCAUCUACAUCUUGGAUGGCUUGAGCAUGUGUUAAGCAUUGUUUAGAAAAUCUUCAUUUUUGGGUGAACUAUUCCUUUAAAGUCAACAUGAAUUUCCGUUCACAACCCACUUCAGUAAUAUGACAUAUUUCUGAGCAAGACGGGACUUUAGUGGAUUGUGAAAAGUGGGUUUUCCAACCAGAAUGAAUAGCCUGAUGUUACCAAAGAAGGAACGUUGUUUCAGAGUAAGAGAAUAUUAUUGCAUUUUGAAUAAUUAUUAUGACAACAAACUACUUUUUGGAGAAAAAAGGUGCAUUGAUUAAUAAUUCACAGUAAGAUCAGGGAUGCGCAUUAACAAAGUAAAUAGGGUCAAUUUUGUUUUCAUGUUAACUUUAAACUAGUUGCUCUUUUCAGCGCAACAGUGAUGAAAAUUUAAUACCCCACUGCAGUCUUGUGAAAGUGACUUCAUACUACAUUCAUUUACAAACUCUCUAGAAAAAAUAUUGCCCCCGUAGGGCCAGUAAACAGCUCUGCCAGGAUGCUAAUACUUAGAAAACAAAUUCUAAGACAUUGGGUAUGCAAGCAAUUAAUAGACCAGUGCUGGAGCCUUUUGCUGUUUAGGUUGCUUACUAGAUUCAGAACAUUUUCUACAUCCUGUUCUGUCAUAUUUUAUAACUUGUGUAUUUAUUUUGUAUUGUAACCUUGGGAGCAACUCUCAAAAUUCCUUAUAAGUGCAUACUGUAUGUACACGGUUGAUAAACUCCAUUAUGAUUAGAAAGGGAGAGCUCUUGCCUAACCACCUUGCCAGCAGAAGUCUCUGUUGGAAUUUCUGUUUAUAGAGAUUAUUACUACUGGCCAAAACUCUUACGUAACUGUGCUCUCCGACUGCUGAGCAAAAUGCGGCUCAGGGGAACGAGGAUGCAGCCAGGCUUUGCUGGUGAUAAAGGAGUGGAACGUUCUGAUGUUUAUCUAAACACUUGCAUGAACCUCUCAAGCCACUUGUUUGUUUGAAUGAUGAAAAGGGUGCGUUGACUCUUGAUUUUAAAGGAACAGUGCCAGUUGAAGCCUUGCAGCUGUUCUUCACCAAGAGAGAAAUCAGUUCUGUGCCACUGAAACAUUUAAACCACUGUCUUAUAAAUAACGUACAGGAUGAUGUGUUGCUCAAUGUGUUUUAGGUUAUGUAACGCCUGUGGAGCUUAAUCAGGGUGGACAGUAUAUUAAAUUUUGCUCGAAUUAAAACAAUGUGAAUGGUAGGAGUACAGGAGUACAUACUGGUUUGGAGGCUGUGAAUGGUAGGAGUACAGUUUGUUCUGUGUAUUGUAUUGUCUUAGAUCACAUCUAAGAUGAUACAACAUGCAUCAAAUAUUUUUUGUUUAUGUUGCAUUACCUUACAUUUGACGUAUUCAUGAGUUCACACUUACAUAUAAUAAACGGAGUAAAGGUUAUGCGUAUUUGGCAUGCUGUCCAGGGAGAGGGCUCCGAGCUCAGUAAUUACUUCCGAGCCCAGGGUACUCCCCCUGUCCGGGGAGAGGGGUCCGAGCUCGGCAUUUAGCCCGGACCCAAAGCGUUCCCCCCGAGUGCUCCUCCCCGUGCUGUGGUAGGAGCGAGCUGAUGGUGAGGAGUCAGGGUGAAGGAGGGAUGCUGAAAGACUGUAGAGAGGAUGGAGCUCUAGAUUUUGAACACCAUUAUCCAUGGAGGCUUCACCCUCAUCCACUUACUCCCGUUGAUCCGACGUAUGUGUCAUCCCGUCAGAAAAGGUCUAUGGCUCUCUGCUGGUUGCUGUGAGGGAGGAAUUGACUACAAGACAACUACCAUACUGCUCGAUGGACGCAGAGUCAAGCUUCAGCUUUGGGACACCUCAGGACAAGGCAGAUUCUGCACCAUAUUCCGCUCAUAUUCCAGAGGAGCUCAGGGCGUUAUCCUUGUAUAUGACAUCACAAACCGGUGGUCUUUUGAUGGCAUCGACAGAUGGAUUAAAGAGAUCGAUGAGCAUGCGCCAGGUGUUCCCAAGAUCCUGGUGGGAAACAGGCUUCACCUGGCCUAUAAGCGUCAGGUGACCACCGAGCACGCCCAGGCUUUUGCAGAGCGACUGGGGGUCACAUUCUUCGAGGUCAGCCCUCUCUGUAACUUCAACAUUACUGAGUCCUUCACUGAGCUGGCACGAAUUGUGCUCAUGAGGCAUGGUAUGGAGCGACUUUGGAGACCCAAUAAAGUGUUGAGUCUGCAGGACCUCUGUUGUCGUUCUAUUGUUUCCUGCACUCCAGUGCACCUUGUGGACAAACUUCCCCUUCCUGUUGCCUUAAAGAGCCAUCUGAAGUCCUUCUCCAUGGCCAACGGCCUCAACGCCAGGAUGAUGCACGGCCGUUCCUACUCGGUCAUAGCCAGCAGCGCUAAAAAAAGGAACGGAACCAAAAAAUCCAAAAUCAUCUACCCACCACUGAGCCCAUCCCAGAACUGCGCACGGACGAGCUGCAAGAUUUCAUAGAUCAAUGCAGUUGCUGUACUCACAACACACUCACAAUGCAAUUUAAAAAAGGAGCUAGUGUUCAAAACCACCACAGUCUUACAAUAAGAACAAGUUAGAGAGCUGUGGCCUGUGAGGUCUUUGAUAUAUUAAGUGUUUGACCAAACUUGUUCACCGUGUUGGUUUGUUUAAAACACAUUCUCCUGGCCAUAUCCAAUUGUGAUCGCUGAACAGAUGUACAAGAGGGGAUCUGUUUCUAAGUGUUGCCAAGCCUUUAUAAUGCUCUGCAUUGUUUAAAUAUAUGUACAAGUUCUCUUGUCUUGUAAAUGUAUUGAUGGUACUGCAUUUUCCUGUGGAGGACUCUUUUUGCUACUGAACUUGGACCAAGCCAGCAGGAGAAACAAACAGCUUUCCUGUUUUGUGAUCACUUUCACGACGGACCUUACUGAUAAGUAAUACCAGCUUAAUUUCCUUUAAUACUUUUAUUCAGACACUUUUCAGGGGCUAAGAGAGUCAAGGUUGAGACACGCAGCUCUUUGUAUAGUGUAUAUAAUUUGUUUUGUUUGAUACUACAUUGUUAGAAUUCUUAAUUAUUGUGAUACACUUGAUCUGUGACCAAUAUUGUUAUUAAACAAUACAUUUAUAUGGGAAACACACCAAAGACGUGGAAGAUUAAAAUGUGGCUUCAUUUGUCACAUUGAAAACAACGCUACUAUUUCAGAUUUACACUGCAAGCAAACAGAAAUUUCUAACAUGCUAUCAUAUCAGGUUUUAAAUAAAGAU